AUGGAGCCAUUAGCGCCCGACGCAGCGUACACUUUGCCGUAUCAUAGCGCAGACUUAUCACCUCUUUCUUGCGCGCAAGAUGCAGGUGCAGGCGCGGACAAGGACGUCACGACCGAGGACAAAGACGAAGAGGAAGACGAGGACUUUAAUUUUAAUGCACCGUCUUUCUAUGACUUGACGAACCCGGCACUGGAGCGGCAUUAUGUGAACAACGCAGAUGGUUAUUUCUCUUCACCGACGCCUUCGGGAGCGACGUCGACGGCCGAAUCGCACGAGAAGGAGCGGACAGGUAGCAGUCAAACGACUGAGGUGGCCAUCCGGCCGUGUGAAUCGUACUUAGGCGAAACAUAUCACACAUUGGAGGUUGAUACCGAUGCGCACAUGGAGACAAUGGCAGAGAAGAUGUUGGAUACGACAAUGGUGGAAAAUGAAUUGGACGACACGUUGACAGACGUGGACCACGUGCUAAAUAGGAGCCACUUGCUGGACGAUCGACAAGAGAGUUUUGAAGACGUGUUUCGACACUACGCGUCGUCGUCGCAGUCUUCCAUUACGUCGUCCUAUUUGCUGCAGGAGGUGGAUACGUCCACGCACAGCUCCUCUGCUACGCACGGACAGUUUUCUCCAUACAGUUCAUCGUCCUCGGCGGCCGCGACUGCCGCGACGCUGAGAGAGACGAGGACGAGGUCUGCAAGUAACGGAUUGCAAACGCUUCCAUCGGCCACGAGCACGUUGUCGACAGACGAAUUGCCGUCUAAGUUGAUGCAGCCGACGCAGUCGUAUCUAAGGCGACUUCAGGCAGACCAGAAAUUGAGGGAGCAGAGCAGUUUUGACGAUGUUCUUGUGGAGGAAAAACCGCACCGCGCAACACGACCGCGAAGUCCUAAGAUGCACGUGAAAACGCGACUUGUAAACCCGAAUGACCAGUCGCGGUUGAGCAGUACGAGUCGAGAGCUGUUGAAGAUUCAGGAGGAGCGACUGCAUUUGCAAAUGGAAAAGCUCAAGAUUCGAGAAUUCCACGAGAAAACAAAAGUACAGCGCCCACCGGCCAAUGUUCAUCUGCGGUCAACAAAGCAGCUUACAGUUCCGCUGACGCCACGGUUUGCCGUGGAAAAUCGCGUACGACGGUGCCGUAGUGGAAGUGACAGCAACGAGUCUGGACAAGCUAAGCCAAGUCCACCUAUUGCCGCGGAAAAGUUGUUGUCCCGUGAUUUUGCUCUGUCAUUGCCACUUCAGUCCCGGGAGAAUCGAUCUGCUACAAUGGCACCACAUGCUCCGCAUCUUCGAACAGCGGCACGAGCUGUACUCCGCCCACCGCCAGCCCCAAUCUCGCGUGAAAAGGCGAAGUCAGUCCCAAUUUACAGUCGCUUUAAAUUGGGCGGGGUCACCCAGCCAAUGACUCCGCAACUGGAAACAAGUCGACGGGCAGCGACGUACCGACGACCUGUUGAAGUCAUCGAUCACGACGCCGAGGAGCUGGCCAAAAAGUUCCAAGCUCGACCGUUGAACCGACAUAUCCUCGCGCCAAAAGCAUACUCCCACUACUCCUUGGCAAAACCGGACAGCAAAGACCAGUUGAAACAGUCAACGGGGCCGAAGCUGCAGACUAGUGCUCGUUCUGCAACCCGCAUGGCAGCCUCGGAACGGGCUGCUUCUGUUGCUGUAGAGAUGGAAUGUCACCGCAAAGAGCGCGAGCGACGCCUGGCUGCACGUCCAGCCAGGGUCGACAACGCAGCACAAGUCAGUGCCAGUACCUGUUCGCCGCCCUGUAAUUGCUGA